UUGGAGGAUGGCCAAGGACUUCCGUUACUACUUCCAGCAUCCAUGGUCCCGUUUAAUUGUGGCCUACCUGGUGAUCUUCUUCAACUUCUUAAUAUUUGCUGAAGAUCCGGUCUCUCAUAGCCGAACGGAAGCCAAUGUCAUCGUUGUUGGCAACUGCUUUUCGUUUGUGACAAAUAAAUACCCAGAGGGAGGAGGCUGGAGGUUUUUAAAAGUCUUCCUGUGGCUACUGGCGAUCCUCACAGGAAUGGUAGCUGGCAAGUUCCUCUUCCAUCAGCGUCUGUUUGGUAAAUUGCUUCGACUGAAAAUGUUUCGAGAGGAUCAUGGGUCAUGGAUGACAAUGUUUUUUAGCACCAUACUCUUCCUCUUCAUUUUUUCUCACAUCUACAAUCUCUGUCUCCUCAUGGCAGGCAACAUGAGGGCAUACAUUAUAACAGACUUCAUGGGCAUCAGAAAUGAAAGUUUUAUGAAGGUAGCAGCAGUGGGGACCUGGAUGGGAGACUUUGUCACAGCUUGGAUGGUUACAGAUAUGAUGCUUCAAGACAAGCCUUAUCCUGAUUGGGGAAAGUCGGCCAGAGCUUUCUGGAAAAGGGGGAAUACCAGGAUCAUUUUAUUCUGGACUGUUCUGUUUACUUUGACCUCGGUGGUUGUGCUUAUCAUCACAACUGACUGGAUCAGCUGGGACAAGCUCAAUCGUGGAUUCCUGCCAAGCGAUGAAGUUUCCAGGGCCUUUUUGGCUUCCUUCAUCUUAGUCUUUGACCUUCUUAUUAUCAUGCAGGAUUGGGAGUUUCCACAUUUUAUGGGUGAUGUUGAUGUAAAUCUUCCUGGCUUGCCAGCUGCACAUUUUCAAUUUAGAUUGCCUUAUUUCAAAAAGAUCUUUAAGGAAGAGUAUCACAUACAUAUAACAGGUAAAUGGUUCAACUAUGGAAUCAUCUUUCUAGUUUUAAUCCUGGAUCUUAACAUGUGGAAGAAUCAAAUAUUUUAUAAACCUCAUGAAUAUGGUCAGUAUAUUGGUCCUGGGGAAAAGAUCUACACAGUGGAAGACCCAGAAAGCUUAAAGGACCUCAACAGAACCAAACUGUCUUGGGAAUGGCGGUCAAACAACACUAAUCCAUUGACCAACAGAACUUAUGCUGAAGGAGACAUGUUUCUGCAUAGCCGAUACGUUGGGGCAAGCCUAGAUGUCAAAUGCCUGGCCUUCGUUCCAAGUUUACUGGCUUUUGCAUUGUUUGGUUUCUUUAUUUGGUUCUUUGGACGAUUUCAGAAAACCGAUCAAGGCAUGGAGAACCUUGACAAAUCAUACACGCGCAUGAAAAGGAAAUCGCCAUCUGGUGUGGGAAUGACCCGCGAGAACACGCAGGUCUUAGCAGAGGAGCCGUUAAGUUUUGAUGAUCCACAUUUGAUAUCCAUCAAGUCAGACUUGAGUGAGAUUGUCUUUAAAUCUUCCCUGCUGACAUCUGAAAAUCUGAAUUUGCACUUAAGUGAGCAACCAAGUCCACUGCAACCAAUAAGAGAGCCCACUGUAGCUAAGGAUCAUCCUUUAACCUAAUAUGGCUCUCCUGAAAAA